AAUAACAGAACCAAUUAGUUGAAGACGACCAGCAAAGGUUAGAUGCCUCGCAGUCCACGAAGCAAUACGAGUUCUGAUUCUAGAGAUGAGGGGACUAUAAUCUCUUACUGUCAUUUUCUUGGUUAGCAAGGGAAGCCCUAGAUAUCUUACUGGUAAAGAUCCAGCUUCAAAAGGAAAUUGCUCCAAGAUCGAGACACUAUCUUCUGCUUUUACACCCGCGAGAAAUAAUGUCGACUUCUCUAAACUGAUAUUAAGCCCAGACAUCUUAGAAAAAUCUUUGAAAACAGCCAGUAUCCCUUCAAUCGAUCCUUUCUUCCCGUCUGAGAAUACAAGAACAUCAUCAGCGAAACAGAUAUGAGUCAAAUCCAACUCCUUACAGUAAGGGUGAAACAAUGCUGGCGAAGACAUUUGUUCCGAGACAUCUCCUUGAUUCGAGGUGUUUCUCAUCAGUUAAUUCAAAGAUACUUAAGGUGGGAGAUGUUUUAAGAGAAGCAAGAGUGUUCUCAAGUGAAGAUGUUAAGGGCUAUGCUGAGGUGAGCCAUGAUUGGAACCCACUUCAUUUUGAUCAAGAAUCUGCUCGUAAAGCUGGGUUUGAGAAUCGUCUUGUUCAUGGGAUGCUUGUGUCUUCCAUGUUUCCUCGUAUCAUCUCUGCCCAUUUCCCUGGAGCAGUAUACGUAUCUCAAACUCUGCAUUUUCGAUCACCAGUUUACAUAGGGGAUGAUAUUCUCGGAAUUGUACAAGCUACAACUUUAAGAGAAACCAAGAAUAAGUACAUUGUCAAAUUCUCAACCAAAUGCAUCAAGAAUCACAGUGAACUUGUUGUUCUUGAUGGUGAAGCUACUGCAAUCUUACCAAACCUCGAGAUGCUACAGCCAAGUCAUUUGGAAUGACAGGAAACUGAUCCGAUAUCUGUAAGUUUCUAUGUGUUUUUUUUCUCUCUUUUUUAAUAUGACUACUCUGUUCUUGUUCUGUUUUGUUCUUUCAUUCCUGCCGUCUUUGACUAUGGUCUGAAACUUGUGAGAUUUUUGUUGCAACUUUUUUUAGUAAUGAAUUUUUUUGCUAUUGUAUAACCUUUUA